UUCAUCCUGAAAUUCUAUUCGAUCCAUGAAAAUAAUAAUAAUUAUUAUAAUAAUAAUGUGAUGCCAGUAGAAAUCCAAGAAAGCCUUUUAUUUCUAUAUUUUCAUUUUCUUUUCUUUUUGAUGCCACCCAAUAAAGUAUAAACUGACCGGCCAAUCAGUGGCGGCGCUAGUGCAGGUACCUGCAAGACACGACAGGGGCACUCCACCAAUCACGGUCGCCCACCCAGGCUGCAUUAUUUCCACAUGUCCUGCCAAUUGCCAUGAUUCAAGGGAUGAAGGAAUCUCCAUGAGGUGGUAUGCACCCAACUCCUGAUACAUGCUUACUCUCUUGAAGUCCAAUCAUGCUCGGAAUCUGGGACUGAAAGACGAAACAAUAGCGAAAGGAACAAGAUCUAGCCGUGGAAUGGAAACGGUGAUGAUCGCUGGACGGCCGCCGGAUCGGCAGAAGGUGCUUCCAGACAGGGCCCAGUCCCUGAUGCAAAAGAAGAAAAUAAAGAAACAGAAGCAGAAAUAGGGAAAAGAACGGGAGCCGAGGUGGCGAAGCGCUGAAGCGGCCUGGAAUAAAAUUGACCACCAAGGGAUCAUGAGAAAAAAAAAUAUUAAUGUGAAGUAUCGGGUGAUAGAUCGAAGGUCCCCGUUGUGGAAAGAGAGAGAGACGGAAAGGGUACAGUCCAGACCUGGAAGGACGUAUGGAUGUAUAUGCUGUACAAAGGUCACUCCGCGUCAAUUAUCAAUAGUAUCAACAACUGGUUGCCCGUGCCCCUCCCCACUUGGUAGCAAUGUACGUGCAUUGUAUUCUCCCUUUUCAAAGCCCUAUUUCCUGCAGAAAUGCCGUAAUGAUGGGCACAGAAACAUGAUGGUUCACAGCAGGGCCAGAAUGGGCGACUGCAAGUACCCCCCACAGGGCGUCUCGCUGAAACGCAACCAGUCUGAGAAGUUUACCAACGCCUCUAAUUUCACGGGAACUAAUUAUAGGGUUGUCGGUCCUUUGACAAAUUCUAUGCCUUCGGUCUCACCUCGCCCCCAGCGUCAAUUAACCGCCGGACCGGACGAGGAACCACCCAAAGAACCGUUAAGAAACUCUCUCGCUGCCAUUAGACUUCAAUAGGUAAAAUCACGCUGAAAUAGGCAGAGUGAUGCCAGCUAAUGAAUGAAUGAAAGAAUGAAACCCUCCAAGGAGAAAGGAAAAGGGCACAAAGUUCGAACCUACAGGCAGGGUCUCUUCCCCAUUCAGGAUUAGGGCGUGAACGAAUCAGAUGAUUACUGCAUCAGCCACACGCGGUUUGGAACCUAUCAACUAUCUCUUCCCCCAAGGAUGGGGCAGCAACAACAUCCACAAUUGUCGAGGGGGGAGGAUGGUGAAACCAGCUAGGAACUUUCUUAUUCAUCAUUAGAAAAAUGACCUCGAUGAUGGAAUGCGGUCUUCCCAUUCGAUCGGUGUUUGGCCCAGACAAGAUGUUGUACUGCCA